AUGUCAGCAGCGAUCGACUCGUUGCGAUAUGGCGAUAGAAAGUUUUUUGUCGAACGGAUCGACAACGCUGCUGGGAGGGGUUCACUGCUAAGUAUGGAAAAUAGCAGUCCCGGUAAGCACAGACGCGUGAAACGAUGUCUUUUCGGCAAACCGGACCCCAAUCAGGUGGAGAACUGGCUCUCAGAUACAUCAGAAAAGCAGUUGAAGAACAGCCGGGAAAAGUGGAGUUAUGAUUUUAAACUGGACAAGCCAAUCAGUGGUGAUACUGAAUAUGAAAUGGUCCCUGCAGAAAAGGUGCCGUCCGUUUAUAAACCGCGUGUUCAUGGGAGAAAGAAGACGCGGAGAGUUGCGGAGUUUGACCCAGACGUUCCUUCAGCGUCUAGUGAAGAAGCCAAAAGUGAAACUGAUGCUGUCAUUCAUCGGCCUCUUACACGAUCCUGCACGAAACAUCUUGGCGAAAAUAAUUCUGAAAGUACGCGAGGACUGAAACAAGCAAAACUCACAAACUACUUGAAAGUGCGCAAGCGCCGAUCACUUGAUCGACAUCCUCCGAAAGAUGCCAAAGCUUCAUUGAAAUCACCUAAAAAGGCCCCUCCCAGCAGCCCAUUCAGGUUUGCCGCGGAAGUUGAGGGUGGUGAAGCGAGUGACUCUGCCAGGAGUGCAUCAAGCAGUCCACCGAAGAGUCCUAGAAAACGUCCUGCACAAAAAAUAUCAACACUAAAGUCGCCAAGACUUCCGAAAUUGCGUGCUCAUGCCGUCUCAGACCAGUAG